CUCCUCUCGUCUCCCCCUCCCCUCCUCUCCUCUCCUCUCCUCUCUCCUCUCCUCCUCCCUGACGGGACACGCCCCGGGUUUCUGCCUGAGUCAAAGCUUUUAUUUUGGUAACAGCACAUGGCACCGCGAGCUCGUCCCAGUGAUCGCACUGCGCGCGCAGCCACAGGUGGUGUUGAGCCGUGCCUCCUCCUCUGAAAGGACGCCAGUCGGACAGAGACGGGACUAGCAGCGCCUCGUCUCCUCACCAGUGCCCCCACGCUGACGGAAGGAGCUCAGAGAGAAGUGUUUUGGAGACAGCUGUUGUCGGAGGCUGAGGUGAAGCGGGAGCUGCUGGGUGCGUGUUCAGGGGACGAGUCGGGGAGCGCGCAGAGAUUCAGCAGGUGGAGACUGCACCUUAAAUCACUGCACUCACCUCGGAUUCUGACGGGAGUGUGAGCUGACCCGAUCACUAAAUGGCACUGACAGUGAACCUUAUUGGCCCGUCACCAUGGGGCUUCAGAAUAUUUGGAGGAAGGGACUUCAAGAAGGCCAUAACCGUAUCAAAGGUCAAUGGGGGCAGCAAGGCACAUCAAGCAGACCUGCAACCCGGCGACAUCAUCUUGGAGAUCAACGGGGAAAACACUUCAGACAUGCUGAACGUGGAGGCCCAGAACAAGAUCAAGAACUCCAAGACUCAGCUGCAGCUGGUGGUGGAGAGACCUGAACCUCCCAGCCCCGGACAAACCAACGGCAUCACCACCCCUGAGCAGCUCACUGGACGAUUCCAGGAGGCAGUAAUAGUGAGUCGAGAUGAGAAUCAGAACUACAGCGAGUACACCAUCUCCAGCCCGGCGUCGCUGUCACCCGGACCUUAUUCACCACAUCCUCCUGCCAGCCCCAACGGGAAGAGGGAGAUACUGACACCCACCAUCAACAAGAGUGUCCAGCUGCGCUCAUGGUCUCCAGAGGAGAAGAGUCACAGACUGUCCAGACCACUGUCACAGGAGUUCUCCCCUUCAGACUACAGAAGUAACUCUGUGUCCAGCAGAACCCCAACGCCACCGGGACGCUACUCGCCUCAUAGCCCCAUUGAUCGGGACGUACCCAUGUCCCCUCGCCGCAGCAGUUCAAGCUCUGACUUCGCCAUGCAGAAGUACGACAAGGAAUCUGAGGUGUACAAGAUGAUCCAGGAGAACAAGGAGUCCCGCACGGCACCUCGUCAGUCCAACACCUUUAAAAUGCUGCAGGAGGUCCUGGAGGCUGACGAGAAAGAGGCAGCCCUGCGGUUCCCAGGGAAGCUCUCGCCCAGCGCGCCCAAACCAGCUACAUCAGUAGGAGGAGUCAAGAAAACCCACACCUGUCAGAAGUGUGGCACCAGCAUUGUCACGGUGGCUGUGCGCAUCACGGACGACCACUACCGCCACGCCGAGUGCUACACGUGCACAGAUUGCGGCCUUAACCUCAAGAUGAGAGGUCACUUUUGGUUCGGAGAUGCGAUGUACUGUGAGAAGCACGCCAAAGAGAUGCACCAAGCUCUAGGAUCUUCCCCUCGAGCCACCGUGUCCCCUCGCUAGUGAGCCGGCCACUCCUCACCCGCCCCUCUCUGGACGUAGGGUGCUGCUCGUCUGCCUGAAGCUCCACCUCAUCCGACUCAGUUAAAGACAUUGGGAUGGGGCGUGGAGGUGGACACCGGUCAGCGAUAUGGCACAGGAUAUUCUUUUCUGAUCACAUUUAACCAUACUCUGCAAUAUUAUGAUUCACUUUCUUGCCUUUCUUAUAAUUGUAUGAGAAUUGGGGCUUUGUUUUCCAUGCGGCCCAGCCUCCACAGUCUCUUUAGGUUAUUCUUAGCUCUAAUGAUGCACAGCUGCCGUGGACUCGAGCCACAUCACAUUGUACUAAGGCCAGAUUUGCAUAACACCGACGCUUUAGACAAACUCAACAGGACUGGCUCUCUGACUCUCUGAGGAUCUGGACAAUCAUCUGAAUCUCCUGCUGACACAAAGGGACCAAAAUCUCACCUACACCGCAUGCCAUGUUUAAAGACGCGCUGUUCACAGACAGCGUUGUGUGUGUGUGUGUGUGUGUGUGUGUGUGGGGGUGUGUAUGAGUGCAUGCUUUCUUCUGCAGGCCUUCCCUGCAUCUGUGUGUGCGUGUGAUUGUGUGUGAUUGAGAAAGAGAGGAAGGGGGUCCAAGUUGUUACAGAUGGCAAAGGAGUAUGUGAAUUUCUCGCUAGAGUCAGGCCAAAAGCCCUUGAGUUUGUUUUUUUUUUCUUUCUUUUGUAAGCAGAAUUUAUGAGUAGAAAUAAUGAGAAUAUACAUAUAUACUGAUGACUUGUUUUGCUGUUUUGUUGCUUAUGAGGGACUAUAGAUUAAUUCAAUAUACAGAUAUUUUUGAUGUUUUUGUGAUUGAACUGUAUUCUAUAAUAUAGACCAUUUAAAAAUGCAUAAUGUAUGCACAGGACAUUUAGUGUGAAAAUAAUUGAUGAUGCUACACUUCAGUCCAGUUACAGCAGUACUCAGAGAUACACUAUGAUGUUCGCAUUUCAUGUGGCACUUAAUAAAACCGCACAACCUGAAGCUUCUGCAGCUUUACAUUGCAUUACUUCUUCCUGAUGCCUGCCCUGACUUCAAGUACUUUCACUGACUCUUCAUCCCACAUGUGCACCUCACAUUAUUAACUAAACAUUAUUAACACACAACCAAUAUAGAGAUAAACAAAGUCGUUAAAAUACAAGUUCAUGUCUUGAGCUUCACAGCUGACAUUUAGUUGCAUCUUGGCAGUAAAACACAGGUGUAACCACUUACAGUGAUGCUGACUUCAUUUCUCAGAAGCGUCCCAGUAAGAAGUAUGUGCAACACAAAGGCCCUGGAGCUUGGGUUGCACCAUUGUUAAUGUUAUUAAUGACAUCUGUGCUUUUCUCUCUGACACGUUAAAAUGCCUGCUGUGAGAACAGCCUCUCUACAGUACAUGACAAGUGACAACCCUAUUAGUCCUUAACCAGUGAUGCUUUUUAUAAAGGUUGUACUAACAUGAACAAGACUGUGUGAGUGCUAGUGACAGCACCAGAAACUAUUUGUUAGAUAAUAGACAUUUUCAAGCACUUACAUGACACUUGUUUACAGUUUAUAGACACUUAAGAAUGUUAAUUAAAGCCUUGAGAUGCCUUCAUUUCAAAACAGUAUUACAAACACGUUGACUGUAACUCACUACCACUUGUGUUAUUGUUAAACUUUAACUAACCUUCUGGUUGCUUUAAGAUUGAUACACACUUUAUCAUGCUUUUAUGAGCUGUUAACUGUGUUUUACAGCAAAGCAAAAACAAUGCCUUUUAAAGGUUGAAGGAUAAGUUCACCUAAAAAAUAAAAGUUCA